UGUUUUAAUUGCUAGAGCUUCUUUCGUUCAAUUUCGAAAAUCUAAAGCUUUGAAUCUAAACUCCUCUAAAUUCCAAGUCUCCCAGCUUCGUUUCUCAAGGUAUCUUUGAAGAACAGGACUGUUUCUUUUGAAAAAAUUCUGCCUUCUUGAUGGAAAUUGAUCUUGAAUUGCCAUCACUUGAACAAGAAAAGUCAGAUCCUGUUAUCAAUAAAAAUGUCAAUAUCUUGGAAGCUGAGGUUGGAGUGGGAGUUAAUGAUGGAUAUGUUGAUUCUCCUAAAAUCUGUGAACAUACUAGGGAGGAUGAAGGGAAAGAAAAUGCUACUGCCUGUGAGAAUGAUGUGGAUUUUAUUAAUGUUGGAACAGAUGUUCCCAGGAAAGGGGCUGUUUUCGAGCCCAAAAAUGGUAUGGAAUUUGAUUCAAAGGAAGCAGCAUAUUCUUUCUACAGAGAGUAUGCGCGAUCUGUGGGAUUUGGGAUCACAAUAAAAGCCAGUCGCCGCUCCAAAAGUUCUGGAAAAUUUAUUGAUGUAAAAAUUGCUUGUUCUAGAUUUGGAAGCAAGCGCCAAUCUAGUACAGUUAUCAAUCCACGACCAUGUAUAAAGACUGGCUGCAAAGCGGGCAUGCAUAUGAAGAGGAGGCAAGAUGAAAAAUGGAUUAUCCAUAGUUUUAUCAAGGAGCAUAACCAUGAGAUUUGCCCAGAUGAUUUUUACUGUGCCAUCAGAGGCAGGAACAAGCAGCCUUGUACUGUAGCAUAUCAAAGGAAAGGCCUGCAGUUAGCUUUAGAUGAGAAAGACAUACAGUUGCUGUUUGAGCAUUUUAUGUGUAUGCAGGAUGAGAAUCUAGAUUUCUUUUAUGCAAUAGAUUUGGAUCAUGAAAUGAUUGCACGGAGUGUAUUCUGGGUUGAUGCAAAAGGUAGGCAUGAUUACAUCCACUUCAGUGAUGUUGUUUUCUUUGAUACCUUCUACAUUAGAAACAAAUACAAAAUUCCUUGCAUCCCUAUUGUCGGAAUAAAUCAUCACUUCCAAUACAUGCUGCUUGGGUGUGCCCUGAUUGGGGACUUGAGUACAUCAGCUAUUGUUUGGUUAAUGCAAACAUGGUUAAAGGCAGUAGGUGGCCAAGCUCCUGAAUUGAUUAUUACUGAUCAAGACAAAACUUUAAAUGAAGCUGUUCAAAAUGUAUUUCCUAAUUCUAGUCAUUCUUUUUGUUUGUGGCAUAUACUGGGUAAGAUUUCUGAAAUUUUGGGUGAUAGUUUGAGUCAGGAUGAGAGGUUCAUGGCAAAAUUUAAGAAAUGUGUAUUUCGCUCUUGGACUGAUGAACAAUUUGAAAAGAGAUGGGGUAAAAUUGUUGAAAAGUUUGAGCUUAAGGAGAAUGAAUGGAUUCUCUCAUUGUAUGAGGAUCGAAAGAAGUGGGUCCCAGCUUAUAUGCGGAAUAAAUUUUUAGCUGGAAUGUCUACAACCGAGAGAUCUGGAAGUGUUGCUUCUUUCUUUGACAAGUACAUGCAUAAAGGGGCUACAUUCACUGAGUUUAUUGAGCAGUAUAAGUUGUUUUUGCAUGACAGGUAUGAGAUGGAGGCCAGAGCUGAUUUUGAAACUGUAAAAAAACAACCUGCAUUGAGAUCACUCUCAACUUUUGAGAAGCAAAUGUCUCUGAUAUAUACAGAUACAAUAUUCAAGAAAUUUCAGUUUGAGGCUUUUGGAGUUGUUUCUUGUCACUUGCAAAAGGAAACAGAAGAUGAGGCCAAUAUAGUCUUCCGGGUUGAUGACUCUGAAGAACAUCAAAAUUUCUUUGUGUCUUGGAAUAAAAGAGAAUUGGAUGUAUGUUGUUUAUGCCGUUCAUUUGAAUACAGAGGUUUCCUUUGUAAACAUGCCAUCUUUGUUCUUCAAACAUCAGCUAUUUCUGAAAUACCUUCCCACUAUAUAUUGAAGCGGUGGACAAAAGAUGCAAAAAUUAGGCAAAAUAUUGGUGAGAUGCCAAGCAAGUUCCAUUAUCGAGUACAACGUUUCAAUCAUCUAUGUAGACAAACCAUCAAAUUGGUUGAACAAGGGUCAGUAUCUCAAGAAGCAUAUACCAUUGCUUUUGAGGCUCUGGAGGAAGCCUUAAAACAUUGUGUGGGUGUGAAUAACUCUGUCAGAAAUGUUUUAGAAGGGAAAACAUUGUCUGCACAUGGCUUUCUGGACGUUGAAGAGGAGAAUCAUUCCAAUGGUACAGCCAAAUCGUCUAAGGGAAAGAAAAUCCACAAGAAAAGAAAGGACCUAGGCUCUAGAGCUUCAAUUCCUGAUGGUUAUUAUGGUUCCCAACAAAAUAUGCAAGGAGUGAGACAUUUGAAUGCAAAUUCUCCAGUUCGUGAUGGUUAUUGUGGCAGCCCACAGACAUUGCUUGCUCUGGGUCAGCUUAGCUUCAGAGCACCAAACAUGCACAGCUGUUUUGAUAUUCCGGGCAGUUUGCAGGAUGUGGACCGAUCUUUGGACUCCACCCAUUUUCAUGGCAUUGCAUCGAAGAAUGUGCAUGAGAAAGACCUCUCUCAAUAGCUGGAAGUUAAGCAUGUUUGUUCAUAGAUGUCUCUUAUUUCAAAAAAGUUCUUCUAAAUUCUGAGAAGCUCAUAACAAAUUAUGUAAGCAUUAUAACAAAUUUUCAGACAUUUUUUUUCUUUGAUGUGUAGUUAUUUUGGCACCAAAAGAAUUUAUACUGAAAUAGCUUUAAUCUUUAACUAAGGGUUCCUCUGAUUCGUAUUCUAAAUCAUAAAAUAUGUAUAUGAUCUCUGAACAGUGUAGUGGAAUUUAUAUGUGC